GUUGUAGGGGACCGCGCAGUUACGUUGAAAUCCCCGAUUGUAAAAAAACAAAAGAGAGUAAACGAAAAAGUAGAAAAGGAAGAAAAUAAAAAAAAGUAUUGGGACUGUUUGGUGGUACAUUUUGUCAAACAGACAAACAGUAUCUGACAUAUUAAAUCCUCCAUUCAUUAUUUAUAUCUUGUUUGUACUAAAAAUAUAUUUAAUCUGUUAUUGACUUAAUAAGAAUAAAUUAAUGAGCGAUAUAAAAAAAUAUAUAAAAAUGUGUCAACUACAUUUAAGACAAAGUUUGACUUAUCAUAUAAAAGCUCCGCGGACAAUGUAUAUUCCUUUAUUGUUUAAUAGUCAUAUUAAUGCGCGUACAAUAAAAACAACUUUAUUAUAAGUUAUUAUAUUGUUUUAUUAAAUAUAUCAAUGCAAUUAAAGAAAAUUUAUGAAUGAAUGAAUUUUUUCUUAGUGUUCUUGUGUAUAUUAGUCACUGAUUAGAUUAUACGAUAGAAUGAAAUUGGUUAUGGUGUCUUGCAAAAGUCAUAAACUUUUUUUACAAUUUUACGUAAACGGAUGUAUAAAUUCUAUUAGUAUUGUAAAUUAAUAACCCGCAUAAGAAAAAUAUUUUAGUUAAAUUACGAUAGCGAUCAGUACUUAGUAUUCGUGUGUUUAUUUAAAUCAGUAAUAAAAAUAAUAUUAAACAUAUCAGUUUCAACGUAUAUAACUUAUAAGUAUUUAGUGUAAAUUCAAAAUAAAUUUAAACUUGAUGAAGGUAUUGAACUUCAAUCACAGGAUGGUGGUUCGAUCUGAUGGAGAUGGUACUGAAAGCCCAUUACUUGAAGAAGAGACCAAUUCAGUUGACUCACCCCUAAGCCCAAAUAGUAAACUUAAUCAUACUCGUCCCUACAUAAGUCCUCACGGAAGCCACACUCAUCAUCAUGAUAAUACUAAAGCUCCUACUAAAUAUGGAGAGUUAGUCAUCUUAGGAUAUAAUGGGUUUUUACCACCUGGAGACCGUGGAAGACGUAGAAGUAAAUUUGUAUUGUAUAAACGACCAGUUGCAAACGGAGUGAAACGAAGUAAACAUUACGUUGUAAAAACUCCUCACAAUUCUCAAGCCGUAUUAAAUGUUAAGCAGCAUUCUAUUUCUUACACUCUUUCUCGGACACAAGCAGUAAUUGUCGAGUACACAGAAGAUGAUUCAACAGACAUGUUUCAGAUUGGUCGAUCAUCGGAGCCACCAAUAGACUUCGUUGUGAUGGAUACUUAUCCAGCUACUGAAAGCGGUCCAAGCAAUGAAAGUCGAAUAGCCCAAAGUACAAUAAGUAGAUUUGCAUGUCGCAUACUGACUGAUCGGGUUAAUCCAGCAAUCACUAGAAUCUACGCUGCUGGUUUUGAUAGUUCCAGAAAUAUUUUUCUAGGAGAAAAGGCAACGAAAUGGCAGGAAAAUCGAGAAAUUGAUGGGCUGACAACUAAUGGAAUAUUAAUAAUGCAUCCUCGUGGUCCGUUUUGUGGUGGGGAAGCUCAAUGUGGUUCAUGGAGAGAAAUAAGCGUCGGAGGUGGAGUAUUUUCCUUGCGUGAAAGUAGAAGUGCUCAACAAAAGGGAAACGUCGUUGAUGAUGAAGAUAAUGUCCUUAAAGACGGCACUCUUAUUGAUCUUUGUGGCGCUACUUUGCUUUGGAGAUCAGCAGAAGGUCUUGCUAAAUCACCGACUAAACAUGAUUUAGAAGAAUUAGUAGAUGCAAUCAAUGCCGGUAGACCACAGUGUCCGGUUGGGUUAAAUACUCUCGUAAUACCCAGAAAGGCAGCGUCAGAUUCAGCCCAGCAGCAACCUUAUGUCUACCUAAAAUGCGGUCACGUGCAAGGUUAUCAUGAUUGGGGCCAAGAAAAAGAUAAAGCAACUAGAAGAUGUCCAAUGUGUUUAAAUGCUGGACCGAUCGUUAAAUUAUGCAUGGGCAUUGAGCCAGCAUUUUAUGUUGAUAGAGGACCACCAACUUAUGCAUUUAAUCCUUGUGGACACAUGGCUACUGAAAAAACCGUAAAAUAUUGGGAAAAAGUAGCUAUCCCUCAUGGUACGAAUGGAUAUAUAGCUAUAUGCCCAUUUUGUGCAAUACCAUUAGAAGGAGCACCUGGCUAUGUAAAAUUAAUAUUUCAAGAUAAUGUUGAUUAAAUAACAGACUUAAUAGCUUUUGACAUUAAUGUAUAACUGUAUUAAAAGUAAAAACGUUUUAAUCAUUGUAACUUUUUAUACAAUAUAAUGUAUGAUCCCAAA